AUGGACUCCACCUAUUGGUGGGCAUCCGUACGUGAACUGGGUUUUUCAGAACCAGACGUUGGUAAUGACUCCUCAUCAACAAUGAAUACUGAAGUGGGAUUCAAUUUUCAAAUCAUGAAAGGCUUGGUAAAUCAUCAAGGCAAUCUUUAUGUGGGAGCUCAAGGACUAGAACUAUUGUCGAUAAAAACAAGACUCAUUCAUGUGGAUUUUGGGGCAGCCGAUGAUGAGUUAAAACUUCUUCUGCUGUCAGAACUCGCAAGUUAUAGCAUAAGAAAUCAGAACUUGAAAGAACAAAUCGUUGAUGAAUUAAUUUACUAUGCAAGAAGCAGAGACAUCACGUUCCGGGAGAUGAUCUUAGAGGUUCAUUUAAAACAGUUUAAUUGUCAUGAUGGAGAUGAAAGCUCAUUACAGUUGAUGGAAUUUGAUCCUGCGAGUAUGGAUACAAUCAUAUGGCCGUCUGAGAAUAUAAUGGAGUACAAGAAUGACAAUGACGAGGUCGAGAUUUGUGCGGUUUGCUUAGACGAGAUUCCAGCAGGGUUGUUGGUCUCAACUCUGGCGUGUUCUCAUGUUUUUCACAGCAAUUGCAUUUUCGAAUGGCUAAGCAGAAGUGACAAUUGUCCUAUUUGCCGUUUUGAGAUGAUUGCGCAGCCAAUAAGGUUAUCUGUUUUGGGUCUGGUAAAUGAUGUUUAA